ACAGAUCAGCUCCGAGAUCCCAACGCAGCUCGUCCGAGAAGUGACCGACAGAUAAAACUACUGUCCUGCCGUUACAGUCGCGCCAGUGGUGUUUCAACUGCAAUGAGAUUAUCGGUUUGGACCCGGAGCUCUUUUUCACAUCUCGACUCAUUGAUUAGGUGAUGGAUUGUGAAAGUUAGCGAAACGCACGAACUCUUUGCUGAACUUUUCUGAAUGAUCCGCACGGGAGAAGUUGUGGCGAGUGGCAAUGCUCACUCUUCCCUCUUAGCUGCAAUGUCAGUUUAACUUUUAGAUGGAUUAUUCUUAUCACGCUCCGGAAAAUCGGUUUCUUGUGUUUCACUGCCCGACAAAGUUUCUCCUGAAGAAAUCGUUGACUCGACGCGCGCGGCACUGAGAGGAUCCGCUGGACGGUCUAAACGGAGAGACCUAAGGUCACGCCAAUCUUGAUACCGUCACUAAGUCCCGGUCUCGGCCUCGCGUCCUCCUGUCACCAUGGAGACCAACACGACGACAGCCUCAGACAAGAAGGAGUGUAAGUCCUCCAGCCUAGACAGCCACGGACACGGCUUCAGCGACCUGCCCAAGAAACCCUCACCCACGACCAUGACCAGAGCCCCCCAGCACAUGUUCCCGACGUUCCACACCCCCAUUCCCAUCGACAUGCGCCACCACGAGGGCCGCUACCACUACGAGCCUCAUGCGCUCCACGCCAUGCACGGUGCCCCAGGUCUGGCGGGCAGUCCCGUCAUCUCGGACAUCUCGCUGAUCCGCCUGUCUCCGAGCGCGGCGGAGCCGGCCUUCGCACACCCCCACCCCUACAUCAGCCCCCACAUGGAGCACUACCUGCGCUCGGUGCAUGGCAGCCCCACCCUCUCCAUGAUCUCCGCUGCCCGUGGACUCAGCCCCGCCGACGUGGCCCAUGAACACUUGAAGGAGCGUGGGCUGUUUGGCCUCCCCCCUCCUCCCCCGGGGGCAAACCCGGCCGAGUACUACCACCUGAUGGCCGCUCACCGGAACCCCUACGGGGAGCUGCUGAUCCAGGGGGCCGGGGCAGCCGCCGCCACACACCUGCCCGACUACAUCAGCCCUGUUGAUGUGUCCCGUUUCUCCAGCCCGCGUCUGACUCCGCGCCUGAGCCGAAAGCGGGCGCUGUCCAUCUCGCCGCUCUCGGACGCCAGCAUCGACCUGCAGACCAUGAUCCGCACCUCGCCCAACUCCCUGGUGGCCUACAUCAACAACUCGCGCUCCAGCUCGGCCGCCAGCAGCUCCUAUGGACACCUCUCCGUCGGGGGCAUCAGGUACCCACAGGGGCAGAAGCUGGUCCCAGUCCCCUUCACGUUCCCCCACCACAUCAACCCCAUGGCGUACCAGCAGCUGCUGUCCCAGCAGAGGGGUCUGGGCACGUUCACACACACGCCACCUCUCAUCCAGCCCUCGCCCACCUUCUCCGCCCGCCAGCAUGCCAUGGGCCUCUCCGGCCUGCCCACCUCUGCCCUCAACAACGACUCCGAGGCCAAGAACAUGAGUGGCGACUCGGCCGUCAGCAGCACCGUCAACCCCCUGAUCACCAAAAGGUCAAAGGUCAAGUCGGAGGUGGAGUGCCCACGGCCCUUGUCGCCUGGUUCGCCGGAGCACCUGGGUGGGAUGCUGGAGCUGAAGGAGGACCUGGACAAGGAUGAGUGUAAGCAGGAGCCGGAGCUGGUGUAUGAGACCAACUGCCAUUGGGACGGCUGCACCAAGGAGUACGACACCCAGGAACAGCUGGUCCACCACAUUAACAACGAGCACAUCCACGGGGAGAAGAAGGAGUUUGUGUGCCGCUGGGAGGAGUGUUCACGCGAGCAGAAGCCCUUUAAGGCCCAGUACAUGCUGGUGGUGCACAUGAGACGCCACACCGGGGAGAAACCACACAAGUGCACUUUUGAGGGCUGCGCUAAAGCCUACUCGCGCCUGGAGAACCUCAAGACCCACCUGCGCUCACACACCGGGGAGAAGCCGUACGUGUGUGAGCACGAGGGCUGCAACAAGGCCUUUUCCAACGCCUCGGACCGGGCCAAGCACCAGAACCGGACACACUCCAACGAGAAACCGUACGUGUGCAAGAUCCCCGGCUGCACCAAGCGCUACACGGACCCGAGUUCGCUCCGGAAGCACGUGAAGACGGUCCACGGUCCCGAGGCCCACGUGACCAAGAAGCAGCGGAGCGACAUGCCGCGUCCGCCUCAGCCCGAGAACGGCGAGAACGAGGCCGGCUCCAAACUGAGCGGCCGGGGAGGAGGAGGAGACACAGAGGGCGGUCACAGCGCCUCCAGAGGAGUGGAGGACUACCUGCAUGUCAAGUCCAUCAAGACGGAGAACUCUGUGAUGUAUCAGUCCAGCCCUGGCGGUCACUCAUCAUGCAGCAGCGAGCCGUCGCCACUUGGCAGUGCCACCAACCAUGACAGUGGAGUAGAGCUGGCGAUGACCAGCGGGGGCAGCAUGGGUGACCUAAGCGCCCUCGACGAGCCCACCGGGCUGGGGCUCGGGUCCACUGCCGCCAACUCCACCGCCGCCGUUGUCUCCGCGGGAACCAUGUCGGUCGGCCUCCACCUCCGCAAAAACGCUGCAACACACUCCAAACUGGACCACCUGAAGAGGGAGAAGCUGAAGACGGUGAGGGACUCCUGCUCCUGGGCCAGCAUGCCGCCCCCGGGCAUCAACACCAAGCUGCCGCCCCUGCCAACCAGCGGUUCCAUCCUGGAAACGUCCGGCAGCAGUGUCCCCCCCAGCCAGAUCAUGGGCCCCCGUCUGAGUGACCUUUGCCCCGGCGAGGUGACGGUCCUGAGCCGCCUGAGUGAGCGGCGCGACAGCACCAGCAGCACACUGAGCUCGGCGUACACCCUUAGUCGCCGCUCGUCCGGCUUCUCCCAGUGCUACUCCAGCCCGGCUCCACGGUAUCUUAACUUCGACAGCGUUUGGGGUGUGGCGCCGAACAACAUCAGCUCGGCCGACUCGUACGACCCCAUCUCGGCCGACCUGUCGCGCCGCUCCAGCGAGGCCAGCCAGGGGGCGCCGGUGUUCCUGAGCCUGACGCCCGCGCAGCACUACCGCCUCAAGGCCAAGUACGCCGCCGCCACUGGCGGAGCCCCCCCGACCCCGCUGCCCAACAUGGAAGCGCGCAGGCCUCAAGAACAGCGUGCUGAUUUAAGGGGCCGGCUGGCGAUGAUCGCCAGAAUACCCCCCACGGUCCAGCGCCAGCGGCGCCAGGCUGCUCUUUGCGAUAAGCGACUCGCUAACACGAGCAUGUUGCCGCACGAGGCGCCAGGGCGACUGCCGCGGAGGGCCAGCGACCCAGUGAGGCGGCCGGGGAUGGAGCCUCUGACAUUGCCGCAGCGUUUCAACAGCUUGAGUCACGUGAGCACCCAGCAGCCAAUGGGGUUAUCCGAGCGGCAGCAGCUGCACUUGCAGGGGUACAUGCAUUCCGACGGCAACGGUAACCUCCAGUGCGGCGCACCCUACGCGCCACGGCCCCCCAGCAUCUCCGAGAACGUCGCCAUGGAGACGCUAGCCUGCGGGCAACACGGUGGCGAGGACGAGCUCGUGCUGCCGGACGACGUGAUGCAGUACAUCACGUCUCAGCCGGAGGCGACCCAGACUGCCCCGAUGAACGGCUUCGCCCCUCCGACGCAGGAUUUCCACGGAAACCAGCUUCCCCUGAAACAGCACGCUCAACAGCAGCAGCAGCAGCAGCCGUGUUUCUACCAGAGACGGAUGGCCAUGGUGGACGCCAACAUGAACACGAGCCCUGCCAGGCAGCCCCCACUGUGCCAUAUGAGCCCUGGCACCCAGCAGCACGGGCAGGGGCAGGGGCAGGGGCAGGGGCGUGGGCAUCCGCCCUCGCCUGGCUCGGUCAGGACCAACCUGCCGGUGCAGUGGAACGAGGUCAGCUCUGGCUCAGGGCCGACAGACGGUUCUCCCGGCCAACCCAAGCAGAGCUUCGCCAGGGAGCGGCAGAACCUCCCCGUCGCCGGCAGUGCCACCGCCAGCAGCGUCCAGCACAAACACCAGCUGGGCCCCUGCCAGAACCUGAGCCCCAACCAGCAGGUCCGACCAAUGAGCCAGAACCUGGCCCACCACCACCACCACAACAACCAGGGCUUCAGCGCACAAAGGGGCGGCGCGGACUUCCUCUCCCAGAGGAUCAACUGUGUCCAGGCACAGAGGCAGCAGCAACAGCAGCAGCAGGGGAUCAACCACAAUGAGCAGGUCCGGCUCCAGCACAGCUACAACCAGGGCCUGGUGUCGGCUGACGUGAACGGAAACGCCAUGCAGACCCAGUACCCGCCCUGCGGCAGCGUGGCAGGAAGUGGGGCAGAUCUGCUGGGCACGGGCGUCGGCGGUGGCGGUAAGAGGCUGAGCCAGCAGUCCUCAGACGUGCAGAAUAACAGGUUGAGGACUCAGCUCGCGCCCAGUCAGAGCCAUGUCACUUUCGAGCCUAAUCAGGAAAAUUACUCCCAGAUGAACUCCAACCAGAAGAGUUACGCGGGCACGCCAGCGUCCCAGCUUCCUCUUCUGCACGGAAAUCAGGGGGUCGUCCAGCCAAGGCCGCCCACAGAACCCAAAACCUCCAGCCAGAGGCUUUCGGGGCCAAGCACAAUGCAGCAACCUGGCUUCCCUCAGUCGACCUUCAGUCCCGCUUACAGCUCCUCCGAGGCAAGCCCGAAAAAACCUGGCAUGAUCACCCACAACACGACAGACGCCAACGACAACGCCAUGUUCUACACUGGGCAGAUCCACAUGUUUGAGCCCGACAACUUGAACCUGCAGACGUCCUCCUGCACAAGGGACAACCCGGACGACUCGUUGGUUACCAUGGCGUCCCCGGGGACCAAUCAGGUGUCGAGUACAGUGGACUCCACCCAUGGCUUGGAGCAGCCGCAGAUUGAUUUUGACACCAUGCUGGACGACGGCGACCACUCUAGCCUCAUGUCUGGCACCAUCAGCCCCAGCAUCCUCCAGAACCUAUCCCAGAAUUCCUCUCGCCUCACCACGCCCCGCAACUCUGUCACGCUGCCCUCGGUCCCAGCCGGAGUCGGUAACAUGGCCAUCGGAGACAUGAGCUCCAUGCUGUCUGCUCUGGCAGAGGAGAGCAAGUUCCUCAACAUGAUGUCUUAAGAGCCUCGUGUAAUCACUCACACACACACACACACACACACACACACACACACACAGGAGGUGGAGUGACAAACAGUGGCCGUCUGACAUUUAUUACUUCUGAACUAUGGCCUCCGUGCACUGACCGGUCUUGAUGCCUCCCCAUGACCCCCGCAACAUUACUUGUUACUGAACUAUUGAGACCACAUUCAUUCAACGACAGAUGUAACUGACAAACCACCUGACAAGCUUCCUUGUCGAAUAUGGACCCUUGCCACCUACAGCAGCAGAAAACUGAACAGGACGCUAAAAAGAGGAAACGAUCAAAAGACUGACCAAUCCUAUUUUAUUUUUAUUUUUUGUUUUGUUUUUAUGGCAAACAUAUCUGAUCUGUAUAGUAUCAGUUAGGAAUUUGAAAUAGUAGUCUCCUUCCAUUGAAAGCCAUAUUUUGCCUUAGAUGUGUAUACGUAUGAAUAUAUGAACAAGGGUGGAUGUAGAGUAAUUGGCGAGCCACCCUUUCCUGCGCUGCCGUCCGGAUGCAGUGAUGAGACGUCAGUUUACGAAGUGCCUUGCUAUGCUAACGCAUACGCAUGUGCAUAUGAAAGACUCUAAUUCACAUGCUAAAAAGUGUUUCAACCAGGGAAAAAUAUUCAAUGUAUAUGAUUUUUCUUUACAUUUUUUUUUACUACAUCAUAGUUAAAUAGAAAUCAUCUGUAAAUUCUGUUAAUGACCUGGUUUUGACAGUCAUGAUUCCAUUGAGUGUUAUUGAGACCAGAUCCUCAGCCAUGACACUACAAUCCCCUACUUUAGCAGUAAGCCAGUGAGCAGAUCCAACCAGUUUAAGGUUUAGGGGUCAAAUGACAUUAUGAUUGCUGCCACUGACUUACAAGGACAUUCGUCUGAUUGUCUGGUACUUUAAGAUUUGUCUUACAAACAAUGCUGCGCUAUAGGGGCACUGUGUUCUGGAACUGGAAUCUCAGCGCUGACCAAGAUGGAAUAUGCAAACUGAAACUAAAAAUGAGGGGCCACAUAGCUCAAACAGUAGGCUACUUUCUCUUCAAGAGUACUGGGACUUUGACUCCAAAGGACUUGAUGCUGUCGUCUAAGUUAAGAAGCCGUCUUUUUGUAUACUUGUUAUGACCCUCCAUGUGGUGGGAAAUGUAUAUAUCUUUUGUACAUUUUUAUAAAAUACAAUAUGGCUGUUUUUGUACUGAA